AUGGCAAGUAAUUUUAGAGACUCGUCAUUUCAGUACCAGCAUCUGCGCAGCUCGCACCAUGCACUGUACCAAGAAUGGCUGGAUGACGUUGCGCUGCCGCCGCCGGACCAAACGGGCAGCGAUGCACCUGAGGACGGUACCGCCCACGGCGUAGAGGGUGGCCCAGACAGCGGUGGUGUCAAAGAGGGUCGCCCCGCGGCGCACAAUGCGCUCGAUUCCACGCAGUACUGGGAUUACUUUGACGACGAAGAAGCGUGGCAGAUUUUCAAUAAGCACAAUCUGACUGUGGAGAGCAACGGCCGCGUUGUGUUCCACCCAGUUGUGAUGGCUAGCCCACCAGAGAAUACCGCCACUAGCAACUCUGCUGCCGGCGCGGGUCAAACUGUUGCUAACACCACGCAGGACUGCGAGGAAAAGACUAUUACCGGCUCCAUAUUUGAUCCACGUGUGCUAGCAAAGAUCCGGAAACAGGUGACUUCUUGGGAGGGCCCCGCUUUCCCAGGGAAGAGUGGGUAA